CUAAAGUCUUCUUCCCUUCAAACUUGCACAAUAGCCUCUCCUUCUAUUUUCAACUGAAUUUCAGAACCAAAAUGCUAGGGAAAAAGAUGGUAUCAUUGAAGAAACUAGCCAAGAAGGUAAAGUCUAGUAGUAGUGGAGGUGAAACUAACAAUGACCCUCCUCAUCAUGAGUGUUUGUUGAAGGGAUAUGAAGAAGAGUUAUGUACAAGCACAACUCCAACUGGCUAUUUUGCAGUUUAUGUUGGUGAUGAGCACCAAAGAUAUGUGGUUCCAACGAGUUAUCUUUCUCACCCUUUAUUCAAGAUGCUGCUUGAGAAAUCAUAUAAUGAGUUUGGUUUUCAGCAGAGGAAUGGCUUGGUUGUUCCAUGUAGUGUUGAUGCAUUUCAAGAGGUUGUGAAUGCUAUUGAAUGUAACAAUGGCAAGUUUCACUUAGGCAAGAUUUUUCAUGAUUUUGUUUGAUCUUUUGUUUUAUUGGUUAGUGUUAAAAUGCAUUGAAGUUAUCUCAUCUUUUAUGAUAGAAGAAUUCAAUUUGACUUAGGAAUGGUAGAUAUUAUGACCAUCUAUCGCCUAUGCACGAUGUAACGGCUCUAUAGCCCGACCAUAUCGUACACGGACGAUAGAGGAUCCAAACUCGGUGUAUCAAAGUUAGGUUUAAUUUCUAUAUGAGCUAUUUUGCCGCAAGCACUUUGUCAAUCAGAAUUAAUUUGACCGGUAA